AGCUGAUCCUACACACAGCGAAGAGUUUACAGAAAUAAAGGUACUAAGAAAAACGAGCGAUAACCAAAAAAGCAAGUCUCUCACUGUAUACAGUCUAUCUUCAAUAUGUGGUCGGAAUACCGCCCCGCUGGUUGACAUUUUCAAUAUAUGCCUAUAAAUAGUGACCACGUGCAUUUCCACGUGGGAGAUAAGAAAUUCACGUUGGGUUAAGAGCCUAUGGGACGAGAAAAUAUUCAGUCCACAAAUCUACAUAGGAUUGAUUUGUUUACUUAAUCACACUGAUUCUACCCACUGAUAUUGUAGCAGCAUCCUUCGGGAACUAUGGAAUGUGGAGGGAUGUAGAUCCGCAUAACGGGCGAACACCGGGCCGCAGUUUAUCCGAACAUCAUCACUGUAAUGGAGUACAUCUUCCCUCGCAUCAAUGAGCAUCCACAACUCCCCUCAUUCACGGCCUUUACAAUGCGGUACUCUCUCCCUUUUGUAGCCUACAUGGCAUCCAUUGCCUCUGCUGCGCGCUUCAUGAUUCACAUCCCGGCAACGCAGCUUAUGAACCCUUCCACUCUCCCCUCAACCACCCACGUCACGCUUCAAUCCUCCGGUCCCCCACAAGACGCAUAUAUAACGCGGUCCAACUCUUUCAACUUCCACAAUAUCUCCACUGGGAGUUACCUAGCCACUGUUCACUGUCGGGACUUCGCGUUCGAGCCUUUGCGCAUCGAUGUCACGUUGGAAGAAGCUGUCGAAGGCAGCGGAGAGAAGAAAGAAGUCGUUCGUGCGUGGCAGACAUUCCUUGGGAAUGAAUGGGAAAACAAAGGUGAGAGUAGAGGCCAUGGUGGAAACGGCCUGGUUAUUGAGGCUAAACCUCUGGGUGGAAAGUUCUUUUAUCAAGAACGUACUGGCUUUUCUCCAUUAUCGUUCCUGAAGAACCCUAUGAUUCUCAUGGCUCUCGUAUCCAUGGUCUUGAUUUUCGGCAUGCCUUACAUUAUGGAUAACAUGGAUCCUGAGAUGAAGGCAGAAUACGAGGAAAUGCAGAAGAAGGGCGUUAUGGGCAGCGCUACUACCGAUACCGCAAACCAAAUUCAAAACUUUGACCUGGCUGGAUGGAUGGCCGGCAAGACGGAUACGCCUAAUCGCGGCCAAAGUCCGGCUCCACCGUCGAAGAAAAAGUGA